AUGCCUUUUUCUUUUGACCUAGCCGUCAUCUUCCACAGGGAGAGAAGAAGAACAAAGAGUAGACCGAAGGUAACAGGAAGAAGACGAAGAGAAAUAUGCAAGAGCCACGAGGCGUUGGAGGAGAUUCCUUUUGAUCUCGUGGUAGAGAUUCUCAUGAAAUCACUUAUGAGGUUCAAAUCUGUCUCAAAACUCUGGUCAUCCUUCAUUCGUUCCCAAUACUUCACCAACCGUUUCCUAAAGGUUCCAUCAUCAUCGGUGCCGCGCCUAUACUUGUGGCUGGAAUUUGAGGACAGCCACCGCGGAAACGUAUUACUAUCAUCGUCGGCUUCUACCGACUCUGACGGUACUAGAAUGUCUUCCUUUAUAGUUGACCAAGAAGUGACAAUCGCAGCGAUGAAAGGCUACUCCUUCUCUCACGUUUAUCGCGGUUUGAUGUGCUUUAAAAAGGGGCCAAGUGCGCAUAUAUAUAACACUACCACUAGGCAACUUGUUGUCUUACCCGACAUAGAUGAAUCCAACAUCAUCGCUGAAGAUCACAAGCAUAAGAAGAUCCUGUACCAUAUCGGACACGAUCCUGUUCACGAUCGAUACAAAGUGUUAUGCACAGUUGCAAGAACCAGUAACGAAGUUGGAGAUGACAUAACGUUCCUGUCGGAGCAGUGGGUCUUGCUACUAAGAGGAGAUGGACCAAGUCGAUGGAGAAAGAUUCCGUGCCCAUCUCCACCACAUUUUCCUUUGACACAAGGAUUGGCCAUCAACGGGCGUAUGCAUUACCUCGCUUGGGUACAUGUGGGUGAUCCAGUGCUUGUGAGUUUCGAUAUUAGUUCUGAGGAUAUGAGUAUUCUCCAAGUACCUGAAGAUGAUUCGUUUUGGCCUCAUCGUUUUAAUCGUCUUAUAGAAUUCGGUGGAAGAGUAGCUCUUCUAGACCAUUCCAAUGUCAAAAGCGAAGGUGUGAUGAAACUAUGGGUUAUGGAAGAUGCGGAGAAGAAUAAUAGGUGGUGGAGUAAGACUUUUGUGUUGCAACCCUCGGAAAUGCAUAUAGUCAGUACGCAUAUGGUCGAUAACACGAGUUUGAGGGUACAUGGUACAACUAGAAAUGGCGAGGUUAUCCUCGUGCCUCAAAAUGUAACUCAUACUCGGACCGGGGGGAGAAUCUAUAAUCCACAAAACUCAACUCUUUUCUACGUGUUUCUAUACGAUCUACAGAAGAAUCAUAUAAGAAAAGUUGAAAUCAAAGAAACAUCUAACCGCUAUCUUACUAGAGAUUGGAACGUGUUAGGAGUUGAUGAUGUUGAUAACUUAAUGUAUCUCUAA